AAACUUCGCUUUGCUGGUGUGGUGGGAUCCAAAACUAAACUAUUUCCUCUUGGAGAUUUGCGCCUGGAGGAUAUAAAAAAAAAUCCUCCCUGGUAUUUUUCUUGACGAUGAAGGAAAAGGAGAGGGACGAUAACCUCUAGGGACCAGGGAGUAAAGUAUCCACCAGUCAAGCUAACCUGCCCUGCAACUCCCUUCCUGUUCUUCCUUGGCCUACCUCCAGCAAAGGAGGACUGGGAGCAGGAGCAGGGGGGCCGCCUCUACUCCAUCCAGUCCGAUCCAAUCCGAUCCACGGGAGAAAAGCCAAAGAUUUGACUUUUGCUCGUGUGCUACGCUUGACCGACCGAAGGAUUGGCGUUAUGGCAGAAGCUGACAUCACGCGGUACUGGUGCCAUGAAUGUCAGCAGGCCGUCGAGGAGGCCAUGGUGGAGGAGCUCAAGUGUCCAUUGUGUGAUGGUGGGUUCGUCGAAGAGAUGACCGUUGAGCAGGUUGAGGCAUUGACAGAGCAAGGGGCAACUCAGUGGGACCCUCUGGACAACCCUUUUGAGCAGGCAGGAUCGCCGGGGGACAGCAAUGAUGAAGAUAAUAGUGAUAUAGGCCGUGAGUUUGAGGGUUUCAUCAGAAGGCAUCGACGGGCAUCGGCACUGCGCCGUGUGCUUGACAGCAUCCAUGAUGACCUUAGAGAUGACAGGGAAAGGGACAACUCCGUUCUGAUCAGUGCUUUCAACCAGGCCCUCGCUCUACAAGGUGCAGCGCUUGACCCUGACGAGGACCGAGGUGACCAUGGUAACGCAAAUAAUGAUGAUGGUUUGCUAGAUGAGUAUGUCCUCGGGGCAGGGCUUAGUCUGCUUCUUCAACAUUUGGCUGAGAAUGACCCGAGCCGGUAUGGUACUCCUCCAACGAAGAAAGAAGCAGUCGAAGCCCUGCCCACGGUCAAAAUCGAAGAGGUUGUCAGCUGUUCAGUCUGUCUUGAUGAUCUUGAUAUAGGGUCCCAGGCUAAGCAGUUGCCUUGUGAACAUAAGUUCCACUCACCAUGUAUCCUGCCAUGGCUUGAACUCCAUAGUUCCUGCCCAGUUUGCCGGUUUGAGCUGCCAUCUGAUGAGACAAAAGACUUGAGCGAGCCUAGCAACGUUGAUCGAAUAGAGAGCAGCCAUGAGGAGGCAAGAGCUGAUGGCCCUGGAAACAAUGGUGAGGACAGUAACACAAACGACAGGGAGGACAGUAACAGACCUUGGGCCCUUGUUCCUUGGUUUAAUGGCCUAUUCUCGACACCUGAGCCGCAAACUGUCAGAGCUACUUUGACUGAUCAGCAGCUGCCUCCUGCUUCUGGAACCAACCCAAAUGCAGGGCAUAGUUGAUCUUCUCCAGUGUUGUGAAUAACGAUCAUACAUCUGAGGAUAGUGAUGCAACUUUGUCAGUAGAACUCUUCUUUCCAUCUUAUCGAUCAUCUAUCUGGAUGAACAGGGUACAAAGUUUGUGUCUGCUUUGACAUAUGAUUUGCGCUCAUUUCACUUUGUUUCAGUGUUAUGGCUAAGUCAACCCUAUGUCUUACUACACUAAUUUCUUUCUUUCCUCUUUGGCGCUGCGAAUGAUGCAUUCAUAAUCCUUGAUAUAUUGAGCUACUACUAGUCUUA